GAGGAUGAGGAGAGCGGCGGCGGCAGCAGCAGCGGCGGCGAGGAGGGCGGCGGCGGGCUCUCCUUCUACUACACGGUGGACGAGCGCUGGAUCGACUACCUGGAGCGCACCGAAGGAGGCGGCCUGAUCCGCCACGCUCGGCCCAAGAUGAAGCGGAAGUCAGAGAAUGGCCUGGACGGCAGAGCGCAGUCCCCUGGCAAAAAGCUGUGCAGAGGUCCUGAAAGGGGCAGGAUGCUGGCCCCCUGCGUCGCUAGUCCCACUGCCACUUUUGGAGACUUGCGGAAUGCCAAGGCAGGUCAGGCACGCUGUCGUCACGUCCCCUCUGUUACCCCACCCCCUGAGCUGCAGGACUGGCUGCGGACUUUCCAGCUGCAGGAUCUUAGCUGUUGUCACUGUCGCUUGGGUCACUUUGUGCCCUUCCUUGUGGUCUUGGAUCAGCCCAAGACAGGCAGGGGCCUGUUGGCUAAAUGGGGCCUGUGGCUCACGCCGUCCCCACUCCGUGGCUCCUUCCCGCAGCACUGGAGCGGCCCGGAAAAGCUGCUGGCCCUGGAUGAGCUCAUCGACCGCUGCGAGCCGCCCCAGAUCAAGCACAUGAUGCAGGUGAUCGAGCCCCAGUUCCAGCGUGACUUCAUUUCGCUUCUGCCCAAGGAGCUCGCGCUCUACGUGCUCUCCUUCCUGGAGCCACGCGACCUGCUGCGCGCCGCCCAGACCUGUCGCUACUGGCGCAUCCUGGCAGAGGAUAACCUGCUCUGGCGGGAGAAGUGCCGCGACGUAGGCAUUGAAGAGCCCCUGAGCCUUCGCAAGCGCCGGCUGCUCAGUCCGGGCUUCAUGUACAGCCCCUGGAAACUGGCCUUCUUGCGACAGCACCGCAUUGACAUGAACUGGCGCAGUGGGGAUGCUCGCCCCCCCAAGGUCCUGAAGGGCCACGAUGACCACGUGAUCACCUGCCUCCAGUUCUGUGGCAACCGCAUCGUGAGUGGCUCGGAUGACAACACGCUCAAGGUCUGGUCAGCCGUGACCGGCGAGUGCGUGCAGACCCUGGUGGGGCACACGGGUGGGGUCUGGUCGUCGCAGAUGAGGGGCAACAUCGUGAUCAGCGGCUCCACCGACCGGACAUUGAAGGUGUGGGAUGCCGACACAGGCGACUGUGUGCACACGCUGCAUGGGCACACGUCCACCGUGCGCUGCAUGCACCUUCACGGCACCAGGGUGGUGAGCGGCUCGCGGGACGCCACGCUGCGCCUGUGGGACAUCGAGACGGGGCAGUGCCUGCACGUGCUGAUGGGCCACGUGGCUGCCGUGCGCUGCGUCCAGUACGACGGGCGCAAGGUGGUGAGCGGCGCGUACGACUACACCGUGAAGGUCUGGGACCCCGAGACGGAGAGCUGCAUCCACACCUUGCAGGGCCACAGCAACCGUGUCUACUCCCUGCAGUUCGACGGCACCCACAUCGUGAGCGGCUCCCUGGACACGUCGAUCCGCGUCUGGGAUGCUGACAGCGGCAACUGCCUGCACACGCUGAUGGGGCACCAGUCCCUGACCAGCGGCAUGGAGCUGCGCGACAACAUCCUGGUCUCUGGCAACGCGGACUCCACGGUCAAGAUCUGGGAUAUCAAGACGGGCCAGUGCCUGCAAACGCUGCAAGGGCCCAGCAAGCACCAGAGCGCCGUCACCUGCCUCCAGUUCAGCUCCAAGUUCGUGGUGACCAGCUCGGACGAUGGCACCGUCAAGCUGUGGGACCUGAAGACGGGAGAAUUUGUGCGCAACUUGGUGGCUCUGGAAAGCGGGGGCAGCGGGGGGGUGGUCUGGCGCAUCCGGGCCUCCAGCACGAAGCUGGUGUGUGCGGUGGGCAGCCGCAAUGGGACUGAGGAGACCAAACUGCUGGUGCUGGACUUCGAUGUGGACCUGAAAUGAUGGGGCCGGCUGGCUGAGGCGCCUGCGGGCCGGGCGGCGCCUGCCGAGCACCUUAUUUAUCGCUGGACGGGCAGGGCCCCGAGCGGCUGGAAGACGAGUGGCACACCGGGGGGUGCUUUUGUACAGUCACAAUACAUGGCUUUAUUUCCGUA